GUGGAUAUUGGUUGGAGAGGAGAAGGAGACGAGGGACAGUGGAGGAGAUUGUGGAAUAUUAAAUAAACACCUAAUGUAAAAACACCAUAAUGGAACAAUUCAAACUCAGUGGGAGUGGAGGAACGAUGGCUCUCUACCUCCAUUACCUGCUGCAGUAGAGGGGUUGAUGAGAGGCAGUUGGAAUAUGAGGAUGGACCCCAGUGAUACCUACCCUACUACCAGGGGCUGUCUCCUAACAGAAUGUCCUUGGUGGAUGAGAUGGAAGAGUGCUAGUACACUGAGGAGRUUUUUGCCUGAUGUAUGGAAGCCUCUGGUGCCAUUACUCAGCUUUAGUGCCACCCUAUUGGUCAUGGUGUUGUAUGCCCUGGCAGAUCGGCUCCGCAGCUUUGUUGCUGAUAUCUUCAUUCCCCAGUACCACUACCCGUUUGCUGUACCAAUCACAUUUGUCCAGGUGCUGGUGACUCUGCUAUACUUGCUGCUCCUCCAUGCCAUGGGCCUGGCACCACUGAAGCCCUACUCUCUGUCUCUGGGAGAGCGCCUGCUGGUGCCUUCUAUCUGUGGCAGUGCCCAAGCUGUGCUGGGUGUGUGGGCAGAGGCCAGUGCCCACUCUGGCAUGUACGCCCUCACCAUGCGCCUGCUGCCCCUGCUCUGUGUGGGCUGGAGUCACGGCCUGCGGCUGGCAGAACCGCCAUCAGUCCACCUAACAGGCCUUAUUACGGUCAUCACUUUCACCUCCGUCACUAUCACAGCGUCUCAGGGUCUCCCGUCAGUGGAGGUUCUGGAGUGUCUCUACGCCCCGCUGGCCCUCCUUCUCCACAGCCUUUCUCUGACCUGGCUGGCCAAGGUGGCUGAGACCGAGCACCGGCGCCACAGCAGCUCCCACACCUCGCCUUUUGACCUAUACUUCACCCUGAUGGUGAACCAGAGCCUGGUGCUUGGCUUCCUGUGCCUGCUGCACCCAGAGGGCCCCCGGGCACUGGGCGAGGGUAGCUGGCACAGCCUGCUCUUCAUGGGCUACCUGCUGGCAAUACUGCUGCUGGGAGCUCUACAGCACCUCUUGGUGGACAUGGCCGCUCUGACCUUCUCACCGCUGGCUGCAGCGCUACUCCACACGGGACACGGAUUAACAAGACCRUUGUACAGCCUGUUGUAGAUGAUCCAACAUGGAGGAGGAUGAAGUUGACUAUAGAGACUAGUCAGAAGUCAGUUGCCUCCCUCAAAUCAAAUUGCAUUUGUCACAUACACAUGGUUAGCAGAUGUUAAUGCGAGUGUGGCAAAAUGCUUGUGCUUCUG